GAGGGCGUUGGCGUGUGUGUGUGUGUGUGUGUGAGAGAGUGUGUUCUCUGACACCUUUGUUCCUUUAGUAGAUUCCACUUUAGAAGCUUCAGUUGCUGUAGAAAAAGAGAAACAGGAGGUGAACACUGCACCAGAUCAGGUCGAUGUUUGGAUCUGUGAUUUGUGCGACAUGAACAGUUUGGAGGAGUUUAUCUCGUCCAGCGGCGUCAGGUACAAGGGGCCGUCGUUCAGAUGCCCUUCCCCCGAGGUCCCUCUGAGGACCACACAGAUCCAGGUGUUUCCGGUGGUGCUGCUCCGUCAGACGCUCAGCAGGUUCAGGAGUCUCUUUUUGGACCGUGUGGAGUUUCACUUCCGUGAGCUGAUGCUGUGGUCUGAGUCACUUCUGUGUCACCACAGACAGGGGGCGCUCACGGAGCAGGACCUGACUCUGCGGCGGCUCAGUGCUCAGAACGUCCGUCUGUUUAUCGUCCGACCGCGACUCGCGGAGCUGCGGCUGCACCAGGAGCAGGUCGAUCUUCACUGUGGAAACGUGUCCCAGACUCUGUCCUGCCUCAGCUCUGAUCUGAACGAGCUCCUGGAGUUUGUGGACGAGAGGAACCGGACCUUCCUGAGGACAGUGUCCAGUUUGGAGAGCAGCCUUCAGUCUGUGGACAGCCUUCGGCGAGCGCAGACCCUCGACUCCGGCCUGAGGGAGUAUCUCCAGAACCACAUGGCAGAAACACGAAUAUCUCAGACCAACUUCAGGAAAAAUGUGCAGGUCCAAGUGGAGCAGCUGAAACAGACGACGUCACAGCUGCUCCGCUCCUUCAGACUGUUUAGUGAAGGAGGAGACUUCACGCCUCAUGAGAUCAAAAUGUUUCAGAAGAGGCUGAAGAACGAAAUGAAAAAGAUCAAUGCGGAGGAAGAGUCCAUCCAUCGUCAGCUGGAGGCCUGUCACCCAAGGACUUUACAGCAGCUCCGGGAGGUGUACAGUCUGCAGGACAAGUUGACUUCACUCAAGUCCGAGUUCUUGUUUGUGGAAAAAAUCCAGAACAUCCUCCGCAGUGCUCAAAUCAAGAUCAAGUCUGUGGCUGCCAUCGGAAAUCAGCAUCAGUCUGAAGCCACCAGCAAGAUUCAAGAACUUCAGAGUCUUCUGGGAGACAGUGAGACACAGGUGUGUCCAGCCCAGGUGUUGUCCAUAUUCUCUGUCCUCAGUCGGACGCUGCAACAGCAGGCGCAGUAUCUUCACUUUACCUCGGACUCACACCAGCGCCCUCUGCAGGAAGACCCCUCUCUGUCUGCGCACCUCUUGCCCCCCCCCUCUGCGCUGCACCCCUGUGGCUCGAGAGGGGCACUGCACGCUGACCCUCUGCUCGGGCUCAUCCAAACUCUAAACAGCGACAGGACGUCCCCCGACACGGAGCCCAGAAGAGGAGCAGGUCAAACCUGUCAGAGCGCUGGACCUGUUCAGAAGAAAGACGAGUGUCCUGCAGUGAGGAGAGGAGGCAGAGCGCCCCGAGUGGACUGGAGGCUGCAGACGUUUGGGCCGAGACCCGAGCCGGGACAGGAGACCUGUUUGAGCUCCAGAGUCUGCGCUCUGCUGUGGGACGUCACUGACGUCCUGAUGGUCACCGCCGAGGAUUUCUACCGGGGCAGUCCUGGUGUCAGUCACUUCCUGUUGGUUCCGGACAGUCUGGAGCUGUGGGUCGCCCACGUGCAGCAAAGACUUCUGGGAUAUGUGGAGCAGUCGAGGAGUUUCCACCGCUCCAGUGAGAAAGAUUUCCUGAAGCUUCUGGUCACGUUUGAACAAACCUGUGAUAAAGUCUGUGAGCGGCUCCUCCGUGAACACGAGGAGCAGCGGCGGGAGCGGCUCAGCGCCGAGAUGGAGCGGCUCAGGGUGGAGCUCGAGCAGACGGUGUCCGAGAGCGAGGCUGAAAAAGUGUUUAACGCACACACGGCGAACACGCACACACCACACACACGCCAGACACAAUCACACACACCACACACACACACGCCAGACACAAUCGCACACAUGCACAUGCCACACACACACGCCAGACACAUUCACACACACUCCACACGCACACGUGUUGUGUGUUUCAUAGUCGUAUUGUGCGGCGGCUGUGUGUUUAGUGUGUGUGUUGUGUGUUUCAGAGUCGUAUUGUGCGGCGGCUGAGGCUGUGUCUUGUGUGUGUGUUGUGUGUUUCAGAGUCGUAUUGUGCGGCGGCUGAGGCUGUGUCUUGUGUGUGUGUUGUGUGUUUCAGAGUCGUAUUGUGCGGCAGCUGAGGCUGUGUCUUGGCGCUGAGGCUCUGCAGGAGCUUGUGCUCAGAGAACAGCACCGACAACAAGAGCUCAACAGCGCCAUCUACUGUUCUGCCACAGCCCAGAGG